AUGAACGACAUCCGUCACUCGCUGCUGCGGCGGGACGCGCUGAGCGCCGCCAAGGAGGUGCUGUACCACCUGGACAUCUACUUCAGCAGCCAGCUGCAGAGCGCCCCGCUGCCCCUGGUGGACAAGGGCCCCACCGAGCUCCUGGAGGAAUUCCUCUUCCAGGUGCCCAAGGAGCGCGGCGCUCCCCCCAAGCGCACCCCCGCCGUGUACUGCGUGCGCCUGGCCCGAGCCCUGGUGGACGACUACUGCAACCUGGUGCCUGGCUCCAUACAGACCCUGAAGCAGAUCUUCAGUGCCAGCCCUCGCUUCUGCUGCCAGUUCAUCACCUCUGUCACAGCCCUCUAUGACCUCUCCUCGGAUGACCUCAUCCCUCCCUCGGAUCUGCUGGACUUGAUUGUCUCCUGGAUCUUUGAAGACCCCCGUUUGAUCCUCAUCACCUUCCUCAACACUCCCAUUGCAGCCAACCUGCCAAUAGGGUUUCUGGAGCUCACCCCACUGACCGGACUGAUCCGCUGGUGUGUGAAGGCCCCUCUGGCUUACAAAAGGAAGAAGAAAGCUUCUCUCUCCAAUGGACACCCCCCCAACAAAAUUGCCAAGGACUCAGCUUCAGGAGAAGACCGAGAUUGUCACCAGCUGUAUUCCAAACUGCACCUCAGUGUCCUGCAGGUUCUGAUGAUGCUUCAGGGGCAUCUAACAGAGAAGAACCUUUAUGGGCGCCUGGGGUUGAUUCCCUUUGACCACGUGGUUCCCCUCGUUGAGGAAAUUAACAGACUAUCUGAUGAACUCAAUCCUCUCAAUGCAUCCAAAGAGAUUGAACUGGCUCUAGACAGGCUGGCUCAGGCUCUGCAAGUGGCCAUGGCAUCAGGAGCCCUCCUGUGCACCAGAGAUGACUUGAGAACUGUGUGCUCCAGGCUGCCACACAACAACCUGCUCCAGCUGGUGAUCUCAGGCCCAGUGCAGCAGCCAGCCCAUGGCACUCUGCCACCAGGAUUCUAUCCCCACAUCCACACUCCUCCCCUGGGCUACCCCGCGCACCCGGCGCUCCCGGCACAUCCCGCGCUCCCGGCUCAUCCUCCCCUGGGCUACCCCGCGCACCCGGCGCUCCCGGCACAUCCCGCGCUCCCGGCUCAUCCCGUGCAAACAUUCAUACCAGGAAUGACAUUCCCAUACCGACCUAUCCGCUAA